GAUAAGAGGGCAGUCCUAACUGUGUCUUGAAAAGCAGGUUAGAAAUAGAAAACAGGGUCUCAUUUUUCCCUUGGGAUUGCAGACAGAGGUUGAAAUCCUGCCCACCGUAAUACAUAGACACUUUGGAUCUAACCAUAGUCCUCACUCCCGUGUCUAAUGGCAGACGAUGACACGGUAAGACUGCAGAGUGAAAGCUUUUAUUCAACCUGAAGGACCCUCCUCCACCAUACUACUCUGUGGCAGGGGACCCACAGACGCCUCCUAUGACCUACGAGGAGGUAAUUCUUCAGGACCAAUAUGGGUUCACACAGAAACCUGUGCCAGUCUAUGUUCCGAUGGAUCCACCGCCAGUACAGGUAGACGCCGUCAUCAUCACCACACAGCAUGUUGUUGUUCCUUCAAAAAGGCAGAAGUCUUGCGGACGGAGUGCCAAGUGUUGGGGUGGAUGUGUAGGUGCGCUGCUGGUGUUGGCUCUCAUUGGACUGGCCAUCUGGCUUGGAGUACGUUACGGAUCCAAGUCGUAUUCUGGAAAUUAUGAGAAUGACUGCAAGGGACAAGAUUGCAAAGAACAGGAACAGGGCAGUGACUGCAAGGGAAAUGACUGCAACGAACAAGAACACGGCAGCGAUUGCAAGGGAAAAGACUGCAACGAACAAGGGCACAAGACUGAAGAUGGCACGAGUGUACCUGACGCCUGCUCCAACUCCUCCAAGCAGUGUGACGGCGUCCAAAACUGCCAGCAGGCCGCUGAUGAGACGAACUGCGUGAGAUUUGCAGAAGGUGGAGUGCUGCAGGUCAGAACUGCUCAGGAUGGUCGAUUCCUUCCAGUGUGUUAUCAGGGAUUGGAUCAGGGUUAUGCUGACCAGAUCUGUGAACAGAUGGGCUUUAGAAGGUCUUAUGCAUCAAAUCCAGUGGAUAGCAAGACGUCUGUAGCCCUUACUGUAGGAAAGAGAUCAGCUAAACUAAUACAGGGUCUGGUAAAUGUCAGUUCGGGAUGUCAGGAUGAGAAAGCAGUCUCGCUUGAAUGUACAGACUGUGGCAAGCAGCAAACUGCCUCCAGGAUCAUAGGGGGCAGUGCCUCUCAAAUUGGCCAGUGGCCUUGGCAGGUUAGCUUGCAUUAUGGUGGAAGCCAUGUUUGUGGUGGAUCACUCGUCGCUCCAGACUUUGUUGUGUCAGCUGCCCAUUGCUUCCAAGGCGCAAUGAAAAAUUCGGCAAAUUGGCGUGUCUAUGUUGGAACUAUUUCCCAGAGUGCCCUUCAGAUCCCUUACCUCGUGACGAAGAUUAUAGUGAAUGAGAACUACAGCAGCAACAACAACGAUUAUGAUGUUACCUUACUGAAACUCAGCAGUCCUGUCACUUUCUCCAGCAUUGUGCAGCCAGUUUGCUUUCCUACAUUUGACCAAACCUUUUCUGAUGGAUCAGAGUGCUUGACAUCUGGCUUUGGGACGACACAAGAGGGAUCAGCCCAUGCCUCUACAAUCCUCAUGGACGUGAAAGUGAAUAUCAUCAACACUCAACUGUGUAACAGCAGUCAGGUGUACCGCGGGGCCAUCACCAAGAAUAUGAUAUGCGCGGGUGAUAUGAACGGGGGCCGGGACUCCUGUCAGGGGGACAGCGGAGGUCCGCUGGUGUGCAAGAGGGAUGAUGACCGCUGGUAUCUGGUUGGAAUUACGAGCUGGGGAGCUGGAUGCGGACAAAGACAAAGACCCGGAGUUUAUAGCAGAGUGACCAGCCUCCUGCCCUGGAUCUACAGCAAGAUGCAGCAAGAGAAGCCCUGAUGUCUCUCUUCGGUACGACGUGUCCCGAGGACAACAGUGGACAGAGAAAAAGAUGAAGGACAGAGCGAUGCACUUUGACAUGGGAUAAUGUUGCAAUAUUUGUAGCCGUAAUUGGAAAAAAGAAAACAGACUUUAUUCAUCCCGCAUUCUCAAGUAAGAAAACAAUAAAACAACUGAACCUGGGAGAGCAGAGCUGCAGGCGUCGAGGACCUCGGGGUCCCCUUCUGUCGCUGUGCUUUCCUUAUUCUCUUCUUCGCAUUUUUACUGUAAGUUCAGGGCACAGCUGCUGAAUCUGAGCCUUUGUCGCCUCUUUGUAUUGGUAUCUUUUCUUCGGUACUAUCCUUGCACUGAUUCUACAAAAUAAUAUUAGAAAGUAUUCUGAAAAUACGUAUUUCAUAACCAAAGGGGUGUUCGUUUUGUUUGAAAAUCAGUGUCUAUGAACUACGAUAAAAUGUGGUUGUAUUGUUUAAACCUAUGUGAAGGGUCCGUCCUUUUCUAUUUCAGAUUCAUACUGUUUCUUUAUAAAUCAUGCCAUUUUUAUAUAAAAAAAUGAUACAGUGAAAA